UCGAAACAUGCCUUGGCAACACUGCUCCCAUUAUCGAUCUGCAUUAUCUACACAGUUGAACCGUCCAAUUGACAUGUAGAAAUAUUGCAUUUGCAUUCUUUGUAUUUUUUGGGUGUAAAAUAUGGCCGACGAACAGAGUAUAGUAGAUGCUCAGAAGCAAUUCGCUGAUGUGGACAUAAAUAACGGAAGUACCUCCGGUGCAGAGGAUGACGAGGAAGAGGAGGUUCCAGCGCCUGGUACUAUCGACAACGACAUAUUUGCCAUCACACCAACAAGUGAAAUACAUCGCCGCAUAUCAUCAAGCAAUCUUGAAGAUGUGCUUACUGACAAUGGCGACUACUUCAUAGAAGUAACAGUGGCUGAGCCACAAAAAGUUGGCGACGGUAUGGGCUCAUAUCUUACAUAUAAAGUAACAACGAAAACAAACAUUCCGAAAUUUAAGCGCACUGAAUUUAGUACAAUGCGACGAUUUAGUGAUUUUUUAGGAAUACAUGAUGUAUUGUCAGGAAAAUAUACAAGACUUGGUAGAAUUAUCCCACCAGCACCAUCCAAAAAUAUUUUAGGCGGCAGCACAAAAGUAAAAAUGAGUCCACAACAAACAGAGCCCGGCGCUCCGCGGAAUGCCGAAUGGGUGGAAACACGUAGGGCUGCGUUGCAACGUUAUGUAAAUCGUACUGCCCAACAUCCUAUGUUGCGAGUAGAUUUAGAUUUCAUUAAUUUUUUGGAGAGUGAUCAAGAACUUCCUCGCGCUGUAAAUACAGCAACUCUCAGCGGCGCUGGUGUGAUGCGUCUUUUUAAUAAAGUCGGGGAAACUGUAAACAAAAUUACCUAUAAAAUGGAUGAAAGUGAUCCAUGGUUCGAUGAGAAAAUUACUGAAGUAGAAAAUUUGGAUGCGAACCUACAAAAAUUGCAUUCAGGGUUAAAAUCAUUAUUUAACACACGCAAAGAGUUAUCCGCUCUGACUGGGCUCGUGGCAAAAUCGGCAGCCAUGUUGAGUACAUGUGAAGAGCACACUGGACUGUCACGUGCAUUAUCUAAUUUAGCGGAUGUAGAGGAAAAAAUCGAACUACUACGAUCAGAACAGGCCAAUUCAGAUUUUUUCAUAAUGGCAGAAUUCGUGAAAGACUACAUCGAUUUAUUUAGCGCUGUAAAAUCUGUAUUCCAUGAACGUGUUAAGGUAUUCCAGAACUGGCAACACGCACAAUUACAAUUGUCAAAGCGACGUGAAAAUCGGGGACGUUAUGAACUGGCUAAUCGCACCGAUAAACUGGAGCAAGCUCAGCAGGAAGUUGAAGAGUGGCAAACAAAAGUUCAACGCUGUCAACAACAAUUUGAUGAUAUCUCAGCCGAAAUCAAAAAAGAAAUGGAGCGAUUCGAAUUAAACAGAAUACGUGAAUUUAAAAUUAAUACCAUGAAAUAUAUUGAAGAUCAGAUGGCGCAUCAGCAGCAGAUAAUAUCAUAUUGGGAAGCUUUUAUACCGUCGGCAAGAGAAAUUGUUUGAAUAAUUUUUGUACGCGGAUAUGCUUCAAAAUUAAAAAUACGGAAACUUUUUAUGUAUAUGAAUGUAAAAAAAUGAUAAUAUGAUUCGCAUUUUUGCAGCAAAUUGAAAGCUAUGGGAAUGGUAUGGUAUGGUAAAUGGUUUUUAAUAAAGGCAGGCGAGCAAGCGGAAAUUCCUUGUAUCUACGUUCCACGUGAAUUUUCCAUUUCAAUUAAAAGCAAAACUCUUAUUAUUAUGUAAAGUAUUGAAAAAUUUCUCAUUUGUUAACUACAGCCGUAAUUAUAAAUGUUUGUAUAGAAGCGUAUGUUCGAUUAUUUUUUUUUUAUAUGAUCAAAAACAAAAUAUUGAAUAUAUAAAUAUUACAACACCAUUAUGAUGAUAAAUAUGUUAGUUUAUAUAAUUCCUAUACAUUAUGUGUAAAUGUAUAUCUCAAAAAUAUUUUGAAAAUUUAUAAAUG